UUUGUUUUUUUUUCUCAUCACAUCCUAUUUCCCAAGCAGGCCCAGCCAAGACGGCUUCCCUUAGGUAUCCCUCUGGAGAUGGUAACCAGGGCAGAGAUGAGCCAGCCCCGUAAGGAGCGAAGAGGGGUCCCCUCGGCUGGCGGCUCUGCGCUUGAUAUGGACACCGCGGUAGUGAUUCUGGGAGCCGGGGUGACAGCCCUCACGCACCCGCUGCUGUACGUGAAACUGCUCAUCCAGGUGGGCCACGAGCCGCAGCCUCCGACCGCAGGGAGCAACCUGUUUGGGAGGAAGGUUCUGUACCUGCCAGGGUUUUUCUCCUACGCCAGGCAUAUAGUCCGUGUGGAUGGGAAGAGGGGUCUGUUCAGAGGCCUGUCCCCCCGAAUCGUGUCCAGCACUGUCUCCACUGUGGUGCGCAGCCGAGUCAAACAGGUCACGCCGAUCCCAGACAUGGAGCACGUGUCCAACAAGGACGACAUCAAGACGUCCCUCAGGAAGGUUGUCAAAGAGACCUCCCACGAGAUGGUGGUGCAGUGCGUGGCCCGGAUAUUCACCCACCCAUUCCACGUGAUUUCUGUCCGGUGCAUGGCGCAGUUUGUUGGGAGAGAAAUGAAGUACAGCGGCUUGUUCAGCUCUGUCGCAGAAAUCUUCCGACAAGAAGGGAUCUCGGGUUUCUAUGUGGGGUUGGUGCCUCAUGUCCUGGGAGAGAUCAUUUUCCUCUGGUGCUGCAACCUGCUGGCUCACUUUAUCAACACGUAUGCUGUGGAUGACAAUUUCACCCAGGCACCUGCAGUCCGAAGCUACACAAAGUUUGUUAUGGGGAUCGCUGUGAGUGCACUUACCUACCCCUUCCUGCUGGUGGCAGACCUGAUGGCUGUGAAUAACUGCGGACUGCAGGCUGGACUUCCUCCUCACUCCCCUGUCUUCAGAUCCUGGAUUCACUGCUGGAGGCACCUGGGGGCCCAGGGUCAGUUGUUUCGAGGGUCCAGUUUCUUCUUUCGGCGCGUUCCACUGGAGAUGGCAGCUUUAGCAGUGGAGUAACCCCCCCCCCCCCCCCCCCAGCCUGAAUCGAGGCUUCACAGGAACUCAGCACCUCAUUCACAGCAGCCGUGAGAACAGCACUGAACAGCUACACACAUUUCAACCUGACCGUUCUGCUUGCUGUGGAUUCCAGCUGUUUGGACACUCUUUUCUGUUGUGAUUAUGUUAUGUUAUUAUUGAAAGGACAGGACGGUUUCUUCAGAGCUGUAGGUCUUUCUUUUCUGUGUUUUUUUUUAUUUUUUAUUCUGUCUGGGUUCAUUGUAUUGCCUUUGUUUCAGGACAGUAACAUUAACUUUGCAGGCAAGUAACUUUGAUUUAAACCAGAUUACUUCCAUGAUGUCGCACGCAGCAACUGUUUUUAGAGGAUCAUGAACUUAAAAAGUUAUAAACAAAACACAGAAUUCUAUUUUUAAGCUUGUAUUUUAUUCAUAAAGAUCCUUUAAGCUUUUUGGGGUCAUCUACUUCUGUUCAGUGGUGCCUGUUGGAGCAAGACUGCGAGGACGAGAUCGCAUUUUUACUAAUUCUAACCAAGAACAGUUUGUUCUAAUACAAAUAUUGAACAAUACUGACAUGUCGAUUUCUUCUUUACUGCUCCGUACUUAAAAGCUGCGUUCGUUUCACAGAUCUUUUCGACUCCUCAAUCUCACAGGUUCUCAGAUGUAUUGAUCGAUUGAUUGAUUGAUUGAUUGGACCAGGGACACUAACAUUUACAUCCUGAGGUCCAAACACUGUAUUUGCAUGCUUCUCAAGGAAACAGUGCUAAAUGGAUGGUGUGUCUGUUUAGUUUUUGGCCCAUGCAGGGUUAUCUGCGUUAGUGCCCCCCCCCACACACACACAGACUUGAAGAUAAAGUGUGUGUGGCUUGUGAAUAAAACAGCAGGACAGGCUUUGAGGUUGAUUUCAAGGUAUAAAGUGUAAAUCCUGCGCUGAAGUGAAGCGAUGGAGAGUUACAGCUGACACCUGCUGCCUGACUUCAGUGUUGAAGUUUGCUGUUUGCUUGCUAACUUGUCUCGCUGCAAUUGUUUGUAUUAAUUGGGAGAGGCCAAUAAAACCCUUGGCAAAAUGCA